GUAGCUAACGGCUAGGCUACGUAUCCAGUCAGCAUGGAGAGAAAAGUUUUGGCACUCCAGGCGAGGAAAAAGAGGGUGAAAGCAAAGAAGACCAGCAAAAAGCAGCCAGCCAAUCCCAGAGCUCGACAGCAGCCCCAGCUAGAAGCCUCGCCUCAGGAACCCGAGGAACCAGAGGAGAUUCUUGGCUCUGAUGAUGAAGAGCAGGAGGACCCUAACGACUACUGCAAAGGUGGCUACCACCACGUGAAAGUAGGUGACCUGUACAACGGAAAAUACCAUGUAAUCCGGAAACUGGGAUGGGGACACUUCUCCACUGUGUGGCUCGCCUGGGACAUCCAGGUGAAGAGAUUUGUUGCAAUGAAGGUGGUGAAGAGUGCAGAGCACUACACAGAGACGGCAGUAGAUGAGAUCAAACUCCUCCGAUCUGUAAGAAACUCAGACCCCAAUGACCCCAAGCGGGAAAUGGUGGUCCAGAUGGUAGAUGACUUCAAGAUCUCUGGUGUGAAUGGAACUCACGUCUGCAUGGUAUUUGAGGUUUUGGGGCAUCACUUAUUGAAGUGGAUAAUAAAGUCCAAUUACCAAGGGUUGCCGCUGCCUUGUGUGAAGAGCAUCAUAAAACAGGUUCUCCAAGGCCUAGACUACUUGCACACAAAGUGUCAGAUCAUCCACACAGACAUCAAGCCAGAAAAUAUCCUGAUGAGUGUUGAUGAGCCUUACGUCCGAAAGCUUGCAGCAGAAGCCACAGAGUGGCAGAGGACUGGGGCGCCUCCUCCCUCCGGUUCAGCAAUAAGCACAGCACCUGCUCCAAAACAGACGGUAAAAAUGUCCAAAAACAAGAAGAAGAAGUUAAAAAAGAAGCAGAAGCGUCAGGCAGAGCUGCUGGAAAAGUGCAUCCUGGACCUGGAGGAGAUGGAAAAGACCACAGAAACACGAGAGGAAGAAGAGGAUGAAGAUGAGGACCCACAGUCUCCGAAGGGACGGGAUCCACAGUCUCCGAAGGGACGGGACCCACAGUCUCCAAAGGGACGGGACCCACAGUCUCCAAAGGGACGGGUCUGUGCUCCUCUCAGACAGGUGUCUCUUCUUGACCUGGGAAACGAGGAAGCAGAGGGGAGCAGCAUGAAUGCAGAUCUCAUGAGGGUGGGACGAGAAGAGCUGUUGGAGGUGAACUGUAAUGGCUAUGCGGAGGUGGAGCAGAGGCAGUCCCGUUGGAGGGACGAAGACCAACAUAAUGGCAACGCAGAGCCCACACAGAAAUGUGCCAGUCUGGAGGAGCAACGCGAGGACUCCCGUGUUCACCCCGUUUGUAACGGCGUGGACUCUACAGAUCUCAAUGAGCUGGACACUGAGAUUGAAGGCAGGGGAGCUCACAGCAGUGAAGGAACUGAGAGACACCUUCCUGCUGGACUGGAGGAGGGUGAGCUGGAGCAAAGCGUUUGUCAGGAGGAGAGAGAGGACAGGCCCGACUGUCAGUACGAAACUGAAGAAAGCCUGAGAAACGACAAGCUAACAGCAGGAUCCCUGCUAGUUAACCCCCUUGAGCCAGUCAAUGCCGACCAGAUCAAGGUCAAGAUUGCAGAUUUGGGAAAUGCUUGCUGGGUGCACAAGCACUUUACAGAAGACAUCCAGACACGGCAGUACCGAUCCUUAGAGGUACUCAUUGGUUCUGGAUACAGCACACCAGCUGAUAUAUGGAGCACAGCCUGCAUGGCCUUUGAGCUUGCCACAGGGGACUACUUGUUUGAACCACAUUCUGGAGAAGAUUAUUCCAGGGAUGAAGACCAUAUAGCGCUGAUCAUUGAGCUGCUGGGGAGUGUCCCACGCAAACUCAUAAUGACUGGCAAAUAUUCCAAGGAUUUUUUCACUAAGAAAGGCGAUUUGAAGCACAUCACCAAGCUAAAGCCAUGGGGCCUGCUGGAGGUGCUGGUCGACAAGUACGAGUGGCCCCGUGAAGAAGCCGAGUGCUUCACUGACUUCCUGCUCCCCAUGUUGGAGCUGAUCCCUGAGAAGAGAGCCACGGCUGCAGAGUGCCUGCUCCACCCGUGGCUUUCCCUCUAGUGGAGGCCUCCGGCUAUUGUACCUCCCUUCCCUCCUACUCUCUCCAGAGACUGCAACAGAUCACUUUCCAGUUUGGGCAUAUCAGAUGAAUAUUUAUUUCUCUUUUUGUUUCGUUGUUUUUUUGGAUUUCUUAUGUUCUCGUUAUUGAGCGCUUGCUUCAUUGUAUGUUUGCUUUGUAUUUGUUGGUUCUUCCCUCCAUGUGAUGACGUCAAGAAUCCCGUGGGUUAUAUUACUUUGUGGUCAUGUUGGCUCCAACUGCUGUGCUCCGUUUACCCACCCAACUACGCAAACCUGUUAUUGUACUGCUAGUGACUCAUCCUUGUUUGUUACACUCCUGCACUAAAACCCAAACAAAUCAAGGAUAUGUAGCCGUUAUUGCUAAUUUUUGACCCCAUAAAAAGGACUUGCUAUCUCUUUUUUUCUUCGUACAUUUCAUUAGUGCUGUGUUCUCUCUUUUUUAUGAAUUAUUUUAUCUUCUAUUACACAUGUAAGGUAUACAUUUUGUAUUUGUAAAGUAGGCUUAGGAAGUUGCACACUGGGCUGACAUGUACACUGACUGUGGUAACGUUCACACAGCAUUUCUCUAGACAGACAGACUCUAGUUUUCUUACUGAGACACCGCUGUCUGACAAUGUAGGUUAUUUAGCCAUAAUAAAUCCAUUGUCACCUGGUAUUUAGUGUGGUUAGUCAAUCAUAAUAAAUGAGAUUGUUCCUUUCUCAUGGGAGGCUGGUAUUCUCAUACACAUAUUACAAUUCAGGAAUAUAGUGUUUUAAAGGUUUCAACAAGAUGACACGCUAGGAAGCCCAAUUUAAAGGAAAAAAAGGAAAUAAACUGUAUAUAUCUGUACCAAAGAGUUUGCCUUUAUGUAUAUUACAGUUAUGUACAGUUUUUAACAAAUCUUAUAUCUUAGCUAAAAUUAUUUAGCUGGGUAGCUGUGUUUUAAUAAAAGUGAAUGGAAGAUGUGUUUGAGCUUGGUUGUAUGUGUGGCCAACUGUUCAAUAAUGUCACAGUUUUUACCAUUGAAAUGGUAAGGUAUGAUGUUAUGUAAUGGUGUCCCAAAUGGAUCAUAUCAAAGUAAGCUAUGUAUCUGUGGAAGCCUAGGUAAAAACAGAAUCUUACAUCAGUGUCAGAUUCAAAAACAUAGACUUUGUGUGAACAAACUGUACAACACACCAUAUAAUAAAACAGA